AUGAGCGACGCGUUCAUAUACAAGCCCGAGUGGCGGGUGCUCCUCUGCGUUGAGUGCGGCUUCUGUUUACAGCCCAGACGCGAUGUAUGGCCUCGAUACCUCAGGCAGCAGCCGCAUUGCUUGCGAGGCGCGCCGCUGAAGGCUCUCGUCGAGCUCUUUGGGAGUUAUGAUCUGUUGGCCCCGGAGCAAGUAGUCGUGCCAACCCAGGCGGUUGCUGCGCUACAUAAAAAGACGGCCCUCUGGCGGAAGUGUAAGCUGCAGACCUUCUUCGCCGAGAAGCAGCACAUCCGGUAUUUUGUAGUGGAUGAUGCCAAAGAAGCCGCAGGAGCUUCAGACGCUAGUACAAAGAGCUUAGAUUCGGGAGAGGCAGACUUCUUCAAGCUAGUCGAUGAAGAUGUAGCCGUAGCAGAGGCAGAUGCCAAAGCAGAAGCCAAUAUCGUUCAUGGUUUCGAUAGCCACAGAUCUGCUGUAAUACCGUGGCUGAGACGGACGGGCAUCGAGGAGCACACGCGGGGCUUGAAGAAGGACGAGAUGCACGCCUCGUUUGCGGUGCUAAAGACUGCCGAGAGCGAGCCCGAGUUGUUUUUAAUACUGGAAAUCAUAGACGAGAUCUUUACAGAAGCAUACAGCUAG